AGUACGUGUUGUGCGUGUGCUCAUUUUGGAGCAGGUCUCGUAAAAAGCAGUACACUGAAAAAAAAAAAAAAAACGUUUUAGCGAGUGUCACCACAGUAGCGACUUUUUCAGUAAAAACAGCGAGUGGCCACUGGUAGUUUUGGCAGGUCUCGGCGAGCUGUCUCUAUCUCGAGGAUAUUUAGGUUAUGCAUCGCCUUUUAAACCACCAAAAAUCUUAAGAAAAUAGUUUUUUUAAUGACUAAUAUGAUUAAUUAAAUUAAAGUUAUAAGUAAUGAUCAUUAUAAGAGAGAAAAAUACCUUGAAUAACAGCCAGCAAAUAAGUUACGUGAACAUUUUGAAUGUUGUUACUUAUCAGUCCCAUAAUGGUCAUUACUUUAUAUUUUAUCAUAAUACUCGUUAAAAAAAUUAUUUUCUUAAGAUUUUUGGUGUUUUAAAAGGUGAUGCAUAACCUAAAUAUCCUCGAGAUAGAGACAGCUCGCCGAGACCUGCCAAAACUACCAGUGGACAGUCGCUGUUUUUACUGAAAAAUCGCUACUGUGGCGCACUCGCUAAAACUACCGUGUUUUACAGUAGAAACGGCUGUGUUUUUUUUUUCAGCAGCAACUUCCUGUAUAUCCAUCAGCUAUAUACCCAGUAGGCUGUGGUCGUGUUCCGCGAACAAAUUCGUUGUGUGCCGCUACAAGUGGAUUCGCCCCCCCGGACAUAUAUCUAGUCAUUGACACGGGAUGCAUCUGUGCGAGAGAAGCGCCGAGGUUAAGUCAGUCGUCGAGCAGCGAAGACAUGAGUCAUAUUGACUUUUCAAACAUAAGAGCUUGAAAUAGCGAUGCACAGGUGAAAAGCUGUUUAAUUGCAUAAUUCGGUUGAAAUUCUCAUUUAAGCAACAGUUUGCAGACUAGCCAUGGGUCAGACACUUAGCGAACCUGUCACCACCAAAAAGUCAGCCUGCUGUAGAGAUUCCAAGUAUCGAGUAGGAAGCUCCUGCAUGCAAGGAUGGCGUAUAAAAAUGGAAGAUUGCCAUGUACAUAUAUUAUCUUUGCCAGAUGAUCCAGAUGCUGCUUUCUUUGCGGUCUACGAUGGCCAUGGAGGAGCCCUUAUGGCCCAGUACGCAGGGAAGUAUCUGCAUGAGUAUAUAACUAGUCAACCUGCUUACAAGGAGGGUAAUAUUGAAGAGGCGAUGAAAAAAGGCUUCCUAGAGUUGGAUAAAGUAAUGCAGACAGACGAAGCAUUGAAAAAUGUACAAGCUGGAACUACUGUCAUUGCUAUUUUGAUUAAGGAUAAUGUUUUAUAUAGUGCCAAUGCAGGAGAUAGUAGAGCAGUAGCAAGUAUUUCUGGAGUUGCUGUACCAUUAAGCUAUGAUCACAAACCUAUGCUAAAAGAAGAGAAAGAGCGCAUUGUUGCAGCUGGUGGUUGGGUAGAGUUCAAUAGAGUAAAUGGACAUCUAGCCCUGUCGCGUGCUUUGGGAGACUUCAUGUUCAAGAAAAAUGAUGAUAAGAAACCCGAAGAACAGAUUGUAUCAGCCCUUCCAGAAAUUCAGCGCCAUGAAAUCACCGAGGAUUGGGAGUUUGUCAUAUUAGCUUGUGACGGUAUUUGGGACGUAAUGAGUAGCGAGGAGGUCGUGAACUUUAUUAGAAGCCGCUUCGCCAACGCAGCGACUGAUAGUGAGGAAAAAGAAUCAUCAUCGCCAAUAGACCCGGAAGAAAUAUGCGAACAAUUAAUCAGUCACUGUCUCGCGCCAGACGCUUUAAUGGGGACCGGAUGCGAUAACAUGACAGUCGUCCUCGUCAGUUUUCUUCAUGGCAAACCAUAUUCACAAAUGCUCCUUCAUUGUAGAGAACCUCCAGCAAAUCGAGAAUCCGCAGAAUAAAGUUUCUUCCAUCAUACCAUUGUAAAUAACAACCGAUUUGUGAUCAUCGCGUAUACGUUUAUUGUAACAGAUAUCGUUGUUACUGUAUUUAUUACGUAGCCUUUUUGUUGAAGCUGUAUACCGUGAAGUUUAUAAAUAUUUUUAUAACUAAAAGCAUUCAUCUUACGUGACAACUUUUUGAAAAUUUUUCUUCCAUGCUUUUAUUAUUUACAAUCCCGAUCUUAAUGGACAAAAAACAGUUUCAUAUUUAGCACAUAACAUUUUUCUUUAGUAUAUAACAACAAAAUUUUCGCAGCUUAUAUUCCGUAUCGGUCUUGUAUAGAACUAACUGCAGCAUUGGCGAGCGAACUAAGUCUUCCAGCCACUUUGUGAACACCUUGCCUCACACUUUCGCGAACAUCAUCAAAGUCUACACCGCCUCUUCCUCCAAUGUUCAUAGAAAGCGACGAGGUCGGAGAAGUCGGGUUCGACUGGCCAGUGCCAAAAUAGUCUGCUGAGGAAAUGCUUGACGAGCCCUCGAAGCGACGUAAAUUGUUCUUCUGUUCCCACUGAAAGUUUAUCAUUAGUGAACAUUAUAUUCACAAUUGUAAAUAAACAUCAGCAAAUAAGUCGACUUUGACCUAAGAUACAACCACUUGAAUUUAUUUGUAAAUUUUAAUAAUACAUGAGAAAUAAAAGAUAGAAAAAAGAA